UUUGCCAGCGCUUGACUUCCUCACGAAGACUUCCUUCCGUCUCUAUCUUUAUUUUACCGAUUCAUGUUCUUUCUCUGCUCCAACCUUUCUCAUAUUCUCUCUUUCUUCCUCUUCCUCUGUCCUAAGAAGAAAACACAACACCAACAAUUGACUCUCACAAGCGAUGUCUUCUCUCUGGUUCCUUAAACUGUCCCUCAAAUGCCUUGAUCACCUCGCAUGGCCUCUUCUUGCUUUGGGGUAUCCUCUAUGUGCUUCCGUACAAGCAAUUGAGACUGAUUCCAAUAAAGAAACUAGGGAUUUGAUCUCGUAUUGGAUACUUCUCUCGUUAAUAUACCUCUUUGAGUAUGCAUUUUCGAGGAUUCUUCAAUGGUUCCAGUUUUGGCCUUACAUUAAGCUUAUGAUCAUCUUCUGCCUUGUCACGCCAGACUUUGGACGAGCUUCUUAUGCCUAUAAUAACCUUAUCCGCACUUGCAUCUCCUUAAAUCCACAAGCAAUCAUAUGUAGGUUAAAUAACUGGAGGAAGUUUUUUGUCAAGAAAGAUGACUUUUUACUGCAUGUAGAGAGAUAUCUAAACGAGAAUGGAACUGAAGCCUUAGAGAAACUCAUUGCUAGCAAGAACACCAACCUAUUGAAGAACACAACUUAUAAACCUGAUGCAGAAGCAACAAAUGCAAUUAUAGCAACUGAUAAUAAUGAAACGCAACAGACAAAUGAGACAAAACUCCAAACACAGCAAAAAACCAUCAAAGAUUUGGAGGUGAUUGAGAAAAAAGAAAUUCUUGCAGGCAAGCAAGAUAUUUCUGUUGUGCCUAACCUUGUGCCAAGUCAGAAUGCUUCACCAGCCAUGGUGGAAACUAAAAUAUUAGUGGGGAAAGACACAGCUAGUGGAGAGCUUCCCGAGAGUUCUACACAUAAGGAAGUGCAGAAAGAGUGGACAUGCGCUUUAUGUCAUGUAACGACAUCUAGCGAGAAAACCUUGAUUGACCACCUUCAUGGGAGGAAACACAAGGCAACUUGUGAAUCUCUGAAAGCACAAAAUCAACCUGUGCCACAUAAGGUGAAAAGUGAUCAGUCCAAAGAUGAUUUGAAGCAAAAGAACGUUAUCUAUCAGAUAAAUUCCAAGACCAAGAGUGGAGAGAAGGUAGGAAAAGAAGCCAUGGACCAUAAGGUGCAGAAACUGCAAAAGAAACUAUAUGAACCUGCUGGGACGAGUAAUUCCAAAUUUCUGUGUGAAGUCUGUAAUGUCUAUUGCCCUUGCGAGAUUGCUUUGGCCUCACACAAAAAUGGGAAGAAGCAUUUGGCUAAAAUUAAAACUUCAAUCUGAAGUGUAUAUUUGUAACAGGUAUACGAGUUUACAUUGAAAUUUGGUAGGAAGUUUGGACAUAGAGAAUGCUUAAUUUGGUAUCUAGUUUGAAAUUUUUUUUCACAAGUUCAGUGUACUUUUGCUGGAGAUAGUGAAUUAUUGAGCACGUUCUCUACUUCCACACAUACUUUGUUUUCUUUUUACUGGAUGUUCGGUGUUCAACAUUUUAUCUUUUAUUAACUCAUUCAUUUUUGCUUCA